AUGUCUGUGACAAAAGUACCUCCCCAUCUGACAAGACGUCUUUUGUCACAUGGGGAAAGAGUGUGCCAACUGUACAAGGCAGUUCUGUACGAUCUGAAAUCUAAAAACAACCACAUCCUAAAAUAUCGUUACAAUGCUGUGCUGGCGAGAGCCCGUUUCGACGAAAAUAAAGACAUUAAGGAUGAAGUUCUUGCCAGGAAACUGCUAGAAGAUGGGUGGGCGGAGUUAAAUGCAACAAAACAUCCCCAUCCUUUCACAUAUCCUACUUCACCUGCAGGUGCAGCUUAUGAAAGAACUCCCGUUUUCAAUGACGCCGAAUACGAUAUGUGGCAUCCACUAGAAAAGCAGCAAUAUCCGGACUACUUUGCAAGACGGGAAAAACGUAAAAAGGAAUUUAUUGAUGCCUGGGUAAAACGUUAUGGUGCCGUAUCCGAAAAAUAG